AUGGGACCUGGUGAGAUGGUGUCCGAUGAUAUGGAGGUUGAAAUCCUCGAUUUGACCUUUCCGGUGGCCGAAAUGGGCGAUUUUGGAUUGAUCCUGUUUUCGGCGGGGCGCGACGCCGCCUCCACCGUUCCUGAUUCGCCGCAUAUGGUGCGUCAACAUGCCAUCUCCCCGAGUUCAAUAGUACCUGUCGGUGUGCCAAACGGCACCUCAAACGGCGCCACGGGUGCAAACUUGGGUUCUUGGACGACGUUGAGCCACCACCCGACCAUACCUAGCCAGUCUGGGACCACCACCGUGAGUGCUGCAACCGCUCCUGCGCCUAUGCUGCGUGACCGGUCAGCCUCACCACCAUCCACCGGGCCUACCAGAGUGGCCAGCACCAUCAUGGAUGUCGCCGAUCCAGAUUUGGGGUCGCCGGUGACCGCCAACGACGAUUCUGGCCGUUUGAGCCUAUCCACCGCCAACACCGUCAGCCCUGGCGAUGCGCGAAGUGAUGUAUCGUCCCAAGCCACCUUACCUGCUCGUGUUGGUGACGCUGGAUCGUCCGAAAACGUCAACCCACGCUCGCUCCCUCGCGCCCGUGGCUCUGCAGCUUCGGCUACGACUGCCACCACGCCGCCAUCGACCGAUCCAUGGGCUGCCUUUGCUGCCAAGCGUGCCGAGGCCACCAAGACCGCCCGGACGAAGGAUGUGGGGGUCUACCGUCCAUCCAUGGCCGACCUGGCACCUCUCUUGGCCAAGCACGCUGCCGGAACGCUCGCCUUCCAUGACACCAUGCCUAUCCAGAAGCACGACAAGCGUGAGGUCGUCGGGUGGCUGCACAUGGACACGGGCAACCAUACCAAGGCGAUCAACGAGGAUGCCGCCAUGGCGUCGCUGCUGCACGACAACCAGUCGUUGGUCAAGGGCGACACCCUCGUUGACGUCAUCAAAUGUGAGAAGGAUACCCAAAACCGUAUGUUACGGUGGGGUAUCGCCAGUGACACUGCUCUCCGUCAACUUCAAGGAACGACAUUGAAGUUGCGUGUGACCACGACGUCUGGGAAGAUCAAGACCACCACCAUGAUGUCGUUUCAAAUGUCCCUUCCGCAUGCGCUCGAUGGGUUCUACAUGGACAUCCCGGCUGGCCUGCAAGGCCUGUUUGAGGAACGGCUCCUGUUUGAAACCUUGCACCACCUCGAACCUCGUUUCCUAUGGGGUCUGUAUACGAGUGUGUCUGCGACGACGGGCCUGGCUGGAUCGCGCUACCGGAUCCACUUCCUGGGGUCUGAAAUCCCAUCCACCAUGCUGCUCGAUGGUCGGAUGGUUGAGGAAUUCGUUUUCCGUGGUCGGUGCCUCCGCGUUUAUGGCCGUGGAUGGUUCUUUCGUGACAAGCGACUGGCUCGUCUUGAUUUGGACUCCAUCGCAGCUGGAACAACUCACGUGACUCCAACGACCCCCCCUACCUCCACCACCACUGCAACUCAGGCCACACCGGCUAAACGGCAGAAAACCACGACCAAGGACCCCAACGCAUGGACGGAUGUCCGCCGCAAGCCAAUUCAGUCACCCAAUGCGUUUGCGGCACUCCAUGAGCGUUGGAACGUUGGACAUGCGGUGCACCGGGCCAACCACGAUGGUGUGAGUUUUGAAUCCAUCAUCCCCGAGCUGCACCAGCCCGACAACGACCUUGCCCACCCCACUGCCGACGAGUAUGUGACGUGCCCCAAACCAACCAAGGGCACAGUCUCACACGUCGAGGUGCCUCUGGAUGAUCUGCUGGCCGAGCUGCAACUCCUCGAGGCCCAAUCUAAUGCUGUUCGUGGCAGUGAGUUCGACUCUGGCCGUGUGGAUUCGAUCUGCAUCAUGAUGGCACGACACCCAGUGGACUUUGGGGUCCAGCUGCAUCGUCUGUUCACUGCAGAUCGCCCCACCUUUGAGCUGCUCAUUCGCCAGCGUUUGUUGCACCGCUGGCUCCGUGCGACCUGGGGUGGCUCAGCAUCAUUUGACAAGCUGUACACCAAGUCGUUUGGACACAAGAUGACCAGAGAGUCGGUGACGGAAGCUGGUGACGAGCUGACCCUGUCCAGAUUGGACUUGGAACUGGUGCUGGCACUGGCUGAGGUGCUUGCAGCAGCCCAUAGCCCUCUCUACUUUGCAUCCGAUGCAGCCGUCAUGGUGUCCACUGGAUGCACCAUUGAGAUCAUCCCUGCGCACCGUGGGCUGCGCUCCCUCUCGGCUCCAACCAUGCUAGCUGUCCUCAUGUCAACCCACCUUGGUGAAGAGCUGUGGCGCAUCAUGGAAACGAUGUUUGAUGGUGAUGACGACAUGAACCGAGUCAUGGCGCACCUGUACGACAUUCAUGAGAGUGGAUUCGUCAGCCUUCCACACAUCGGCAUCACACGAUGGGAUCAGGAAUUGGGCCGAUUUGUCGUCCCGACUGACGAAGUGGAUGACACUGCCACCCCGGUGGACGACUCCACCAUGACCCAAGUGGUCAACCGUCAGUACUAA